AAAAUAGGUUAUGUUCUGAUGACGUAGUGAUAACGUCACUUUUCAUGUUCUAUUUAAAAAAUAAAUCAGUUCGGUUUGAACAGAAUGCACACCUGUCACUUUCCAUUGGGUGUUAUUAUUCUCUCUUCUUACCGGAUAGUCUAAUGAACCCCACUUUGAAAAUUCCAAGCCAAGUAAAAGAAGUAAAAGAUGACCGCUCUAGAAGACCAAAGAGAUUGGAGGAUUAGAGAUUGCAUUAAAGCAAUAAUUUCAGUGAAGCUCCAUAAGAGGGGGCCAGUAGUAAAGUGAUUAUUGAGAAUAUCUUCCAUAAUGCAUGUGAUUAUGCGUCAAAUUUGCUAUUUCUUGUCAAUAACAUUAGGACCCAUAUCAUUUGUCUUUGCAUUAACAUGCUGUUUGAAACAUUACAUGAAUUGCUAUUGCCAACUUGUUGACAGAUUAACAUCAACUUCCACCGCAACUACGCCAAAAAUCACAAAUGGCGCUUGUCUACAGUCAAGGAUAAAAUUAUUGCAGUCAACUAGUAUACAUAACUUCAAUUUCUUUUUUCUGUUUAACAUUUAUAGUUGGUUCAACUGAUAAAAUAUAUAUUGAGAACUCUUGUUAUAUGCUGCUAGAGCUUUGCCUGUCCUUUACAGAUUUCUCUUCUCUUACAGGAUAAAUGGCAUCUGAACCAGUUAAUGUGAACGAGUUUCAAAUUCUGGCCAAGCAAGUGCUCCCAAAGAUGUACUAUGACUACUACACUGGCGGAGCAGAGGAUGAGUAUACACUAAAAGAGAACGUAGAGGCAUUUAAAAGAAUCACGUUUCGGCCCAGAAUUCUCGUGGAUGUUAGUACAAUAUCAAUGUCUACUACAAUAUUGGGUUACCCCAUCUCUGCACCUAUUAUGAUAGCACCAACCGCUAUGCAUAAGCUUGCACACGCUGAAGGAGAGAUUGCUACUGCAACAGCAGCAGCUGCAUCCAACACGAUAAUGGUACUGUCGUCUUCUUCUAGCUGCAGUCUGGAGGAGGUUGCUGCUAGCUGCAAUGCUAUCCGGUUCUUUCAAUUAUAUGUGCACAAAGAACGAGAUAUGGCUACAAACUUAGUGCAGAGAGCUCAAAGGAAUGGAUAUAAGGCCAUUGUCCUAACAGCUGAUCGUUCAAGAUUUGGUAGAAGAGAAGCAGACAUAAAGAAUAAAAUGAUUGUACCUCAACGGAAGAAUUUGGAGAUUUUUUUGUCAACCGAAAUUGUAUCUGAAAAAGGCUCAGACUAUGAAGCUUGUGCCAAUCAAAACAUUGAUUCAUCCUUGUCUUGGAAGGAUAUAGCAUGGCUAAAAUCAAUAACAAACUUGCCGAUCCUGAUCAAGGGAGUUCUGACUUGUGAAGAUGCUGUGAAGGCCAUGGAAGUAGGCGUUGCAGGAAUCAUUGUCUCGAAUCAUGGAGCUCGCCAGCUUGAUUAUACGCCUGCUACUAUUUCUGUUUUGGAAGAGGUAGUUCAUGCUGUUAGAGGGAGAAUUCCAGUUCUCGUUGACGGAGGAAUACGGCGGGGGACUGAUGUGUUCAAGGCAUUGGCACUCGGUGCACAAGCAGUCCUUGUUGGACGGCCGAUUAUUUACGGGCUGGCGGCAAAAGGAGAAAAGGGAGUUAGACAAGUAAUGCAAAUGCUGAAGAAUGAACUUGAGAUCACCAUGGCACUUUCUGGGUGUCCUAGUGUCAAAGAAAUUACAAGGAACCAUGUAAGGACUGAAGAACACAGACUCCAAUCCAUGCUCUAAUAGUGCUGUCACAGUAUACAUUAAAUUACCAUAAUGAUGGUUACUAAAAAUUGUUUCCAUGCUGUUUUUUUUAUUGAAAGGGAAUGUCUAGUCUAGUGACAUUCUUUAAGAUUUGUCUUCAUAAUCACAACUAUUGAAAUUUUUAUGUAUUUUUUUUUAUGAAUAAUUUUUUAUGAAUUUAAAUUAUAAAUUUAUAAAUUAAUCAAAAUUCAAUUAUUUAAGAAA